CGAGGCGCAGGGCCGGACGCCGUGAGUGCGGACGUUAGGGGCGGGGCUUCGGGAGCAGCGACGGGAGUGCCGGGUGUCGGGGGCGGGGCGUCAGGAUGGAGUGACGGGAGCGCGGGCGUCGGGAGCGCGCGAUCCUGCCAUGGAGCAAGAGGGUGACGCCGGCCCAGAGGUGCAGAACCUGAGGAUUCCAGUGAGGAAUCAGGCGUAAAAUUCCCAGUUAUGGCCACUUCAGGACAAGGAGAAAGGGUCCUUUUAACAUCUGCCCCGCAGCAACUCCUUGAAGCCUGCUGCAUGUGGGGGUGGUGUGUGGGGCCUGUUUUCCCCUUGUCAGGGCUGAGGCCCUCCCUCCUCUUCCCCAAGGUCACUCUUGUGAGUUCCUGCUUCCCCUUAGGAAGUCUGCUUGCUUUGUCUUAGGGCCUUUUACCCGUGGAACAUAUAUAGCCACAUUACAAGGGCCUUUAUCUCUAAACCAGAAAUGUAGAUGCAUUAAAACAACCGUGAAAAGCUGGAAAGUCUGAGAUGCCUAACCACAAGAGACUGUAUAAACAGGCCUGGGGCGUCCCCGUGACCCUUCCUGUGGACAGCCCUGGCUGCCCCCCAGGGGGUGGCUGAGCUCGGAGAGACACACUUAGGAGGAAGGUGCUCAUCUGCUGCCUGGUGGAUGUCGUCUUUAGCCAAGCACGCAGUCUGGGCCGGGGGGCCUGGACGCCUCACUGUGAAGCAGAAGCUCCCACUGCUUCCAUCUGCCUCCUGAGCUGAGUUCAAAGGGUUGAGCUUUCUGAAUCACUUCCUUAUUCUGUCUCGAUGUGACAUUCUGCUUUUGAAAUGCUUUUCUGAGCGCAUUGAUUUCCUUGGGUUUUCUGGCAUCGAUGCUGUGUGUGAUCCUGGCUCUGAAGGAUCAGGCAAGCUGCUUUAGUCCUUGGCACUUGUAUAGAAACUUGAAAGGAUUAACAAGUCCCCCCACCACUCCCCCAAAGCCAUCCUGUUCCUGGCUGCUUGGAAGGAGGUAUGUGGGUACCGGGAGGAAUGGAGCGUAGCUACUUGUUUGGCUGGUUUCUUCAGCUUUGGGGGGAAUCUGCCAGCAUCCUGUGUAUGGGCGGCCCCAGCCGUCUGCCCACUCACCAUUCCACACUCACUGUUCUCUCUUUUUUAAAAUUAAUUAAUUUAUUUUUGGCUGCGUUGGGUCUUCAUUGCUGUGCCCGGGCUUUCUCUAGUUGCGGCGAGCAGGGGCUACUCUUCGUUGCGGUGCACGGGAUUCUCAUCGUGUGGUGGUUUCUCUUGUUGCGGAGCACAGGCUCUAGGCGUGCGGGCUUCAGUAGUUGUGGCACGUGGGCUAAGUAGUUGUGACUCGCAGGCUUCAGUAGUUGUGGCACACGGGCUUAGUAGUUGUGGCUCACGGGCUCUAGAGCGCAGGCUCAGUAGCUGUGGUGCACGGGCUUAGUCGCCCUGCAGCAUGUAGGAUCUUCCCGGACCAGGGCUCAAACCCGUGUCCCCUGCACUGGCAGGCAGGUUCUUAACCACUGCACCACCAGGGAAGUCCCUCACUGUUCUCUCUUACCUUCCUUUCUCUCUCCCUGGGGUCUGGGCUUCUGAAGCCCCUUGUUAACUCCCUCCCUGGGAGCCCUUCUCUGCUGUGAGCUGGUAUUUAAUGCUCUCAAAAUCCAGUUGACUCCUUAGGGUUUCCCAGCACUGCUGCUGUGUGGGCUUCUGUCUGCCCCGAGGCCAGCAGCACGUGGUUCUGUUGGUGACGAGAGGGCACUGAGAGGUGGCCUUUGUACCCACUAUGGCCAGCCGGGCUUGCUCCUCUGGAUUUGCAUCCUGAGGAGCAGGAAAGCUGAGGAUUUAGGAUUCAGAUGCGUUAAUGAUGCCUGGAGCAUUUGUUGUCAACACAGCACAGCUGCUGGCCCUGCCCAGCCAUGCUGUGGGUGGCGCUGUACCAGAGCAAGUGGGCUCAGGGGACCUCAGCGUCCUGGAAGGUCGCUUCUUUCUGGAGGUCUCCAGGGCUGCUGACUUGUCCCUGACCCACAGCUCUGUUGUUACUCCCUGGGGAGCCAGGGCCGUGCCCAUCCUGGCCCUUCCCGACUGCAGACUUCCCCCCUAGGCGUGCUUCUACCUGGCCACCCUUCGGUCCUGGGGUCUGCAGCUGACGGAGCAGCGUUCCCAGUCCACCAGGUGACCACCUCACUGCCCCCGGCUAAUGGGCGGGCCCCAGAAUCAGUGGCCUAUUGCACCCUUGGCUGCCCUGGGUCCUUUGUGUCCAGCCUGUGUCUGGGCUUGGGAGGGGCCUCAUGGCACCUUGCUGACGGGUGCUCUAUCUGUGACCUCACCCAGCUGGUGGUUGUUGCAACUGAAAUCCUCCUGGCCCUGGCCCUGGACCUUAUCGGCAUGACCAUCUUUUUUUUUUUUUUUUUUGCGGUACGCGGGCCUCUCACUGUUGUGGCCUCUCCCGUUGCGGAGCACAGGCUCCCGACGCGCAGGCUUAGCGGCCAUGGCUCACAGGCCUAGCUGCUUCGCGGCAUGUGGGAUCUUCCCGGACCAGGGCACGAACCCGUGUCCCCUGCAUCGGCAGGCGGACUCUCAACCACUGUGCCACCAGGGAAGCCCGAUGACCAUUUUUUGUGUAUAGAAGUGUUAACUGAUUCCGUGAGUAUCUUGCUUCAGACUUUAGCCCUAGGGGGACCGGGAGGAGGGCUUGAAAGGAUGGGGGAGGCCCGGGUGGUGGCUUUUGUUGGAAACUGCUGGCCUGUCCACGAGGCUGAGCUCGUCGGAUCCAUGCAAUUCGAGUCUGUUCUGAACUUCCUUGGCUCAUGUUUCCAAGAAGAGUGAAGUCCCGCUUCCUCUGCAAGGGUCUGUCGCAGCCCUGGGACAAGGUGCUGUGUGACUGGGGGCGGGGCGGGGGGCGGGGCCAGGCAGGGGCAGGACAGCUUAGCGUGUACACGUGGCCGCCUCGCGGGUCCCAGCCGUGCUCAGGCAGCCCCUUGGCUCCCCUUGCAGGACAAGGGCAGCCCACUCCUCAGUACAGGUUCCGGAAGAGAGACAAAGCGAUGCUAUACGGCAGGAAUAUCAUGAGGAAGGUGACCACACUCCCCCACGCGCUUGUGGGGAACACAGCUGCCCCCCGGCAGCAGGCGAGGAAGAGGACCAAGGUGCUGUCUUUGGCCAAGAGCAUCCUGCGUUUCAAGCAGGAAUACCCCACCCUGCAGCCAAAGGAGCCCCCGCCCUCCCUGCUGGAGGCCGACCUCACGGAGUUCGAUGUGAAGAAUUCUCACCUGCCGUCAGAAGUCUUGUACAUGCUGAAAAAUGUUCGGGUCCUGGGUCACUUUGAGAAGCCACUUUUCCUGGAACUUUGCAAACGCAUGGUGUUUGUGUAGCUUCUGGAAGGGGAGUACGUCUUCCGGCCAGGGGAGCCAGAUACCAGCAUCUAUGUGGUGCAGGACGGGCGGCUGGAGGUCUGCAUCCAGGAUUCGGUAAUUCUUCCUGGAUAUCAUGUAAAGCAGCCCAUGUCCAGCGGGCCAGGCACUCAGCAUCACGUGAUGACCCUCGGCUCUGGGGAAGGCCCUCGUGGCCUGCCUGCGGGCAGUCGUGGCUUCCCGGUGCUGCCCCGUGUUUUCCGCCUGGGGAUGAGAGGAGAUGCCGUCCCGGGCAAGGUCCCAGGCCACGUGCCCCGCACCUGCCUGCGACCAGACAGCAGCCACAUCACCUUCCACUGCUUAGAGUGGUUUACAGCCGCGGCAGUCUUGACACCGCUGCGGACCGCUACUGGUCCGGGGGCUGGGGACCCCUGGUCUAAGGUGCUUGCUUGGCGUCAUGGUUUAAAGUGUGUGGUUGAGGUCUCUGUUCUUCCUCUGCCCCCAGGUUGUGACUCGCUGAUUCACCUCUUGGGCGAGAAGAUCCUGGUCAGCCUCCAGCAGGGAACUGCGACGGCUGGGUGCCUGGGUCACCAGUUUGGGCUACAUGCUGUAGGGAGCAAGUGGGACUCGGGGAACCCUGCCAGCAACCUCUCCACGGUGGCCGUCAUGCCCGUGUCAGAGGAUGUGCCCCUCACCACCUUCACCCUGGAGCUCAAGCACGCCCUUAGCGCCAUCGGCCCUGCCCUGCUGCUGACCAGCGGCAACGUAAAACAGCGCCUUGUCUCUGCUGCUCUGGACAGUAUCCACGAGCACCGGCUGUCCAGCUGGCUGGGGCAGCAGGAGGACAUCCACCGGCUCGUGCUCCACCAGGUGGACAGCACGCUCACACCCUGGACCCAGCGCUGUAUCCGGCAGCCCGACUUCAUCCUUAUCGUGGGCCUGGGCGAGCUGGAGCGGGUGCUGGAGAGCGCAGCUGUGCGUGCCCAGAAGCGCCGGGAGGACGGGCCUGCGCCGGCCCGCACUGUGCAGCGGCUCAACCUGGGGGGCUGUUCCGGCCACCUGCACCCCUGCUGCCCUCGCCGCGUAACCAGGAGGAGCCUGCCCGAGCUGGUGGAGCCGUCGGAGCGGGUCUGCCAGAGGCCCCCGGACCGGCGCUCGGACUUCUCCGGCCUGGCGCGGGUGCUGACCAGCAACGCUGUCGCCUUGGUACCCGGGGGAGGGGGGCGUAGAGGCUGUGCCCAGGUGGGCAUCAUCCGGGCCCUGACAGAGGGCGGCAUCCCUGCGCACGUGCUCGCGUCCACCAGGGCCUUCACAGGCGCCCUGUGCUCUGAGGAGUGGAACUACAGCCAGAUACGGAUCCGGGCCAAGCAGUGGGCUGAGGAUGUGAUGUCGAUGGUAAAGACCAUGCUGGACCUGACCUACCCCAUCCCCUCUGUGUUCGUGUUCUCGGGGGCUGGCUGCAGCAGAAGCAUCUGCAGUGUCUUCAAGGACAGGCAGAUCGAGGACCUGUGGGUCCCCUACUUCACCAUCACCACGGACAUCACAGCCUUUGCCAUGAGGGUCCACACAGAUGGCUCACUGUGGAGGUACGUGCGUGCCAGCAUGUCCCUGUCGGGCUACAUGCCCCCGCUCUGCGACCCCAAAGAUGGACACCUGCUGAUAGACGGGGGCUCCAUCAACAACCUCCCAGCAGAUGUGGCCAGGUCAAUGGGGGUAAAGGUGGUGAUUGCCAUCGACAUGGGCAGCCGGGAUGAGACAGACCUCACCAACUACGGGGAUGCGCUCUCCAGGUGGUGGCUGCUGUGGAAGCGCUGGAAUCCCUUGGCCACGAAGGUCAAGGUGUUGAACAUGGUGGAGAUCCAGACGCGCCUGGCCUAUGUGUGCUGCGUCCGGCAGCUGGAGAUGGUGAAGAGCAGCGACUACUGCGAGGACCUGCGCCCCCCACCCAACAGCUACGGCACCCUGGACUUCAGCAAGUUCGACGAGAUCUGUGAGGUGGGGUACCAGCACGGCCGAACAGUGUUUGACAUCUGGGGUCGCAGUGGCAUGAUGGAGAAGAUGCUGCAGGAUCGGUAGGGGACGAGCAAGGUGAAGGCGUCCAACGUGCUCAUCUGCCCCAACGCCUCCUUCAUGGACCUCACUGAGAUCGUAUCACGUAUCGAGCCUGCCAAGGUGGCUGCAGCAGAUGAUGAGUCUGACCACCAGACCGAAUACAAGGAGGUGCUGCUGGGCAGCCCAGCCGACCUGGGCUCCGACUCAGAGGACAAGCCCUCGCUUUGGCAUCGGCACUCCCGUCUGGCUUCCCCUGAACCAUCCCAGGACUCCUCGUCCCCCCUGGCCCUCUGACCAAGAUGGGUAGAGGUCUCUGCUCUGAUGCACCCUGCAGCCAGCAGCUCCUGUGGGUGGGUUUCAGAGAACCAGCUGGCGCAGCUCCUGCAGCUCUUCCCCAGCCUGCCAGGGAGACCCUGCUGGGGCCCAGGGCCCUGCCGGCCGGUGUUGGAGUGUCUGGGGCCUCUCUGCGCCGGCCGCUCCUGGUGGGGCACUGGGUCCUGGCAUCCCCUGCACACACAGCAGUCCUGGGGGGCUGUGUCGGCCCCUGCGGGCCCCCUGAGGCCUCUGAGAUGUCAGAGCCCCUGAUGCUUCUGCUUAGCCUGUCAAUAAAGGUAGAUCUGAUUGUGUGGGACAUGUGGUCCCUGUGCCGAGGUCCCCCGGGCAGGGGGCAGCACCAAGAUGGGCAGCCCCACAGUCCUGAGGCUGCAGGGCGGAGUGGUCGCCAUGCGGGGACCCCAGGACCCCAAGCCAGGCAGGCAGGACACCCAAGGUCUGGGGUGCAGCUGGGAUCCCCCCAAACCAAGGAUGAGGCCCUCCCGAGCUCUCAGGCAUUGUUUCCAUUCUGUACACACAAGAGUCUUCCCUAAGAUGAUGCCCACACCUUACUUUUCAGAUCAUUAAAUAGCGCCAGGGGGGUCCUUUUGUACAAAAAAGGAGACCUGUCAGCUCUAUGACUUUGGAGUCCACGAUCCCUGCCGGUCUCGGAGCAGGGCACAUGGGUCUGCGAGAGCAGGGAGACCCUUGACCGGAGGGCCCAGGACCCUGAGGUCGGGGGACCGCAGGCCUCAGUUUCCCAGCUCCAGAGG